CGAUGACGUCAUUACAGUACGAACAAGUUUCUCGAACCUUCUCAACCAACAAGGUGAACUCGCGAAAACGUCGAUCUGAUGACGUCACAAUAAGCGUCGCAAAGAAACGUCGUUCGAAUUCUGCUGGGAAAGAACGCGAUCGACUUCAUGUAUUUAACCCAGCACUAGAGACGCUACAGAGCGUAAUACCUGUUCGUUUAACAGAGCAGAGAAAACUCCACAAGAAACAAACACUCCAGUUGGCGAUCCGUUACAUCAAUUUCCUCCGUGGCUGUUUGGAUGGUACACGAGAUUGGAAGGAAAGAAACAGAUUUUGGUGUCGAACUCAGGAUGAGAUGGUCAUCGACGCUAUCGAUCAAGCCGCUGCUGGACAUAACGUUCAUUGUGAUGUGACGUCACCACAGAUGACGUCACCAGAAAGUGAGUCACCUCCACCACCAUCAGGAUCUUAUACACAGAUCAACUACGAAACAGUUCAGCCUUUCAUUAUGGAUCACAAUCAGGAUUGUUCACCUCAGUUACGUCACUGGAACGAAGAAAGCCCGUGUUGUGACGUCACAUAUCCCUUGGAAACAACGUCAAUUCAAAAUCUACAAAACUAUGACCAACUCUAUUCUCAAUACGACCCAACUACGUCAUUCCUGACGUCAUACUUCCAACACAACAGUAUUCCUCAAGAUGACGUAAUGAAAUCAAACAUUGCGAACUUACCAGUACUUGACCCACAUAACUUAAUAGAAAACCCAUCUUCAAAUUACGACAUACCCAAUAACUGUAAUGGAAACCCACCCUUAAAUAAGCUCGACUGUGCACAGCAGACUGUAGCGAGCUCAACUUUAUUUGCGGACCUCGAAGAAAUUUUGUCUUCACCAGAAAACAAUUGUUAUCUUCCUGAAAGUCCUGAGAGCGGUUAUUACUCGUAGUCGUGUUUGUUCGUGUUGUAAAUAAAUUUAAUUUAAUACUGCA